CCUUGACAAGUUUCUCAACCCCCACAACCACAGCCAAAACCAGUAAACCAUGAGGACGACGCUUCUAUCCAGCCUGGCGUGCGCCAUCGCGGCGGUCACGGCAGCCGGCAACAGCUCGUGCGCCGGUAAGCAGACGUACGACCACAUCGUGGUGGGCGGCGGGCAGGCGGGCAUCGUGGCGGCGACGCGGCUCGCGCAGACGGGCAAGCACGUGCUCCUGCUGGAGCGCGGCGUGGGCCCCACGGUGGCGACGGGGGCCGACAACGUCCUCUCGUGGAACGACACGCUCACGCCGACCGACGUGCCGGGCCUGGCCCCCGCCGUGCGCGACGUCGGCCUCUUCUCCAAGUACAUGUGCCCCGACACCGAGGGCGUCUCGGCCUGCGUCCUCGGCGGCGCCGGCUCCUUCAACUACCUCGUCUACGUCCACCCGCCCGCGCGCGACUUUGACGACCGCUGGCCCAGCGGCUGGAAGUGGAGCGACGUCAAGCCCGCCGCCGACCGCGUCUACGCCGUCAACCCGGGCUCGCAGAUCCCGUCCGCCGACGGCAGGCGCUACGACUUUGGGCUGUACGACACGCUCGGCAGCGGCUUCCUGGCGUCGCGCGGCUGGAAGGCCGUCGACCAGGUCGCGCAGCCCGACGAGAAGCACGAGGCCUACAGCUACCCGAACUGGAACAUUGGCGACCAGAAGCGCGCCGGCUCGCUGGCCAGCUACCUGCCCGUGGCGCGCCAGCAGAGCGGCUUCAGCAUGCAGCUCAACGCCAGCGUGUCGCGUCUGCUCCGCGAGGGCGGCAAGGUCACGGGCGUGGAGAUCGAGGGCGGCAAGAAGCGCUUCCGCCUCGCCGAGGGCGGCAAGGUGAUACUGGCGGCCGGGGCCUGGGGCACGCCGCGCGUGCUGCUCAACUCGGGCAUCGGGCCCGCGGAGCAGCUGCGCAUCAUCCAGAACGGCACCAGCGGCGUCAAGCUCCCGGCCCGCGACCAGUGGGUGGACCUGCCGGUCGGCAAGACCAUCCGCGACCACUCCAUCUUCACGCUGACCAUCCAGACCAACGAGACCUUUGGCGCCUUCAACGCGUCGGCGGCCGCGUUUGGCGUCUCGUCGGCGCGGUCCGACAUCUCGCUGUACAACGAGCGGUCGUCGGGCCAGCUGGCGCAGGGCAUGCACAAGCUCAUCUUCUGGACGUCGACCGACGCGGGCGGCGACAACCGCACCCGCUACAUCCAGGGCUCGUGCUCGCCCGGCGGGCCCGGCCUGUUCAGCAUCAAGGCGUACCUGACGCACGGCCUGACCUCCAAGGGCUCCGUCGGCAUCGACGCGGGCGGCAAGAUGGUCUUUACGCAGAAGCCGUACCUGGUCGACGCGGCGGACCGCAGGGCCGCGCUGGCCUUUGUCGAGGAGACCGUCGCCGCCGUCAAGGCCUACCCGGGCUGGAAGCUGCAGGGCUACAGCAACUCGACCGCCGUGCUGGACAAGAUCGAGCCCGGCAACCACUUUGUCGGCACCGCCGGCAUGGGCGAGGACAAGGCCACGUCCGUCGUCGGCCCCGACGCAAAGGUCCACGGCAUGGAGAACCUGUACGUCGUCGACGCCAGCAUGCACCCUGACCUGCCGACCGGCAACACCAACGCCAUCGUCAUGGUUGCUGCCGAGGCUGCCAUUGGCAAGAUUAUCGCGCAGCAGUAA